GGCUGCGGCGCUGGAGGUGCUCACCUCGUCCCCGAGGUGUGCGUGUUAUCUCCUUGAAGAGCUGGAAAAGCCUGGGGACCUAGAGGAGCUUGUGGAGUUAUUGGAGGAGGAGAAGGAAGCCAUGGGGAGCGGGGCCAGUGCCGAGGACAAGGAGAUGGCCAAGAGGUCCAAGGAGCUGGAGAAGAAGCUCCAGGAGGAUGCGGAUAAGGAGGCCAAGACGGUCAAGUUGCUGCUGCUUGGGGCUGGAGAGUCAGGGAAGAGCACCAUCGUGAAGCAGAUGAAGAUCAUCCACCAGGACGGGUACACGGAGGAGGAGUGUAUGGAGUUCAAGUCCAUCAUCUACGGGAACAUCCUCCAGUCCAUCCUGGCCAUCAUCCGCGCCAUGUCUACGCUGGGCAUCGACUACGCCGAGGCCUCUUGCGCGGAUGAAGGCCGGGUGCUCUUCAACCUGGCUGACUCCAUCGAGGAGGGCACGAUGCCCCCCGAGCUGGUCACCUGCAUCAAGAAGCUGUGGAAGGAUGCGGGGGUCCAGGCGUGUUUUGACCGCGCCGCCGAGUAUCAGCUCAACGACUCAGCCGCGUAUUACCUGAACCAGCUGGACAGGAUCACGGCCCCCAACUACCUCCCCAACGAGCAGGACGUGCUGCGAUCCCGAGUGAAGACCACAGGGAUCAUCGAGACCAAGUUCUCUGUCAAAGACCUGAAUUUCAGGAUGUUCGACGUGGGAGGGCAGCGCUCAGAGCGGAAGAAGUGGAUCCACUGCUUCGAGGGGGUGACCUGCAUCAUCUUCUGCGGGGCCCUGAGCGCCUACGACAUGGUGCUGGUGGAGGACGACGAAGUGAACCGCAUGCAUGAAUCCCUGCACCUAUUCAACAGUAUAUGCAACCACAAGUUCUUUGCCGCCACCUCCAUCAUCCUCUUCCUCAACAAGAAGGACCUUUUUGAGGAAAAGAUCAAGAAAGUCCAUCUCAGCAUCUGCUUCCCGGAGUACGACGGUCCAAACACAUUUGAGGAUGCAGGGAACUACAUCAAGACCCAGUUCCUGGAUCUCAACAUGAGGAAGGACGUGAAGGAGAUCUACAGCCACAUGACCUGUGCCACAGACACGCAGAACGUCAAGUUCGUCUUCGACGCCGUCACAGACGUGAUCAUCAAAGAGAACCUCAAGGACUGCGGGCUCUUCUGAGCACCAGCAGAAGAAGAAAUCACUCCCAUCUCACCGUUCUGCUGAGCAGAGCCAAAGGAAGAACCAACCCCCACCACACGUCACUCGCUCCCACUUUUUCUAUGACCUGCCCAAAUCCGCCUCCUUCCAAACCCAAACUAGGAAGGGGCUGAAGCUCAACUUCCUGCUCCCUUUCAUGGCCAUUUCCUCUUUUUUUCCCAAGAAAGAACCCCUGUUCUCAGUGUUUUACAGGAGGUUUGACACCGGAGAGCACAGCCAGGAAUAGGAAUAUUGAGGGAAUUUGGGAGGUAGGACAGACAUUGCCCCCUUUGCCCGUCCCUCUGCAGCCCAUUCCUGCCCUUGGAUGGAAGCUGGAUUAAUCCAGGAUGGAAUUUCUGGGGAAGG